AAUAAAGCAGUGUGCAAUGUGAUCGGCUCAAUCAUAUUUGGACAGAGAUUUGAAUCAGAUGACCCACAGUUAAAUCUUAUGCUUGGGGCUGUUAAUGGCUACUUUAAUGUUCUCAGUAGUCCACUUGGACAGGCCUAUAAUAUUUUUCCCAAAAUUGUGGGCCUUUUCCCUGGACCUCUCCAUGACAUGUUGUCAGAAGUGGAAAAGGCCAAAGGUUUAUUUAAGCUUGAAGCAGAGGCACGGAUGAAGACACUGGAUGCUUCUUCACCCCCUAAAGAUUUUAUUGAAGCUUUCCUUUUACAAAUGGAAGAGGAGAAACAUAACCCCAAUACAGAAUUUACUUUCAGUAACUUAUUGUGCACAACAUGGACAAUGUUUAGUGCUGGCACUUAGACUACGUCUUCUACAAUCAGACAAAGCCUGCUGCUAAUGAUGAAGCACCCAGAUAUUCAAGCACGAGUCCAGAAGGAGAUUGAUGAGGUGGUAGAGCGAGACCGAUGCCCUUCUAUUGAUGACAGACAGAACAUGCCAUAUACAGAUGCAGUCAUUCACGAAGUUCAGCGCUCCAUGGAUCUUGCUCCCACUGCUGUUCCACAUAAAAUGUUAUAUGACACUGAAUAUAGGAACUAUCUCAUACCCAAGGGAACCAUGGUUCUUCCUUUGCUGUCUUCUGUGCUUUCUGACCCUAAGCUAUGGAAAAACCCUGACAAUUUUGAUCCAGAGAACUUUCUGGAUGAAAAGGGACGAUUCAAAAAAAGUGAUGCAUUUGUUGUAUUUGGAUUGGGGAAGCGGGCCUGCUUGGGUGAAGCUCUGGCCCGAGUGGAACUGUUUAUUAUUUUCACCUCUCUCCUCCAGCGCUUCACCUUCAGGGCCACUCAACCACCAGAAGAGAUCGACACCACUCCUACAAACUGCAGCUUUGGCCGUCUACCUCGUUUCUAUGAGUGUUAUGCUGUGCACAGAACAUAAGCAGUUUUUUGUGGAUGGCAACCUAAUUAUUCAGUUUUCUUUCUAUUAUACAGCUACGAGAAUAAACAAAAAAAACUGUUUCUGUAGCCUCUAUAGACAUUGCUUUCUUUUUAUUUGACAUCCUUGACAUAAUGACAAAAGUGUACUAAUGAGAAUCUAGGCUAAAAUGUUUAUAAUCAUCUUUGAUAUAUUCUCUUGUAUCUAUUUUUAAAAGUCUGCAACAAGUGCAGUUAAACAUGCAUAGUGAGAAUUUAAUACUGAAAAAACACAUUAGUAUUCAGAGCUCUGAAAUAUAACUGACAAAUGAAGGUGGAAACCAUAUAAAACUGAAUCAAAUUAUGUGAUAAAUGUGAUAUUUACAACUAGGACUAUUCAUGCAGCCAAAUAUUACCAUUGUACUAGACUUCUAUUAAAUUUAAAUUUGAACACUUGCCAUCUUCUUAUGCAUAUAUAUAAUGAUAUACAGUAUAUAUAUAUAUAUAUAAAACUUUUCUUUCCUUCUUUAUCCUUCUUUUUAUUUUUAAUUAUUCAGUAUGAUUGUUGUAUCUCAGUAUGAUUGUUCUAUAAGCAACAUUUCAGACACCAUAUGGUCAAAUGUUUUGUAUAUUUUUGAUCUGCUAGGGGAAAUACAUCCUGAAGAAACCUCACUCACUGAAAGCCUGUCAGUAGCUGGCUAGCUUGCUGCUCAUUAUUUUGUACAUUCUCCUUAAACGUGAAAAUGUUUCUCUUGUUCUUUUACAAAUAAUGAGCUUUCAUAAAUCAAGUAAAUGUUGCUAAAUCUCUUGAAUAUUUUCUUCAACUCUAUGGUCUUAACUGUUGCUAGAACUGGAAAUCAGCCAGGACACCUGUGUAUACAUUUUGGUGCACAAACACAGACAGCAGCUAAAUGUAAAGAUUUUUUUUUUUGUGGCUGAAGUUAAGUCAUGCUUUUUCCAGUACAAAUGAUUAAUGGUCAUUAAUUGAGUUACAUUUUCUACUUUUAUUUUUGUGAUAAAAUAUUUAAAAAUCAGUGACAAAAACAUUAAAAUAUAAGACAUAUUAUCAAAAUAAAUUUCCAUUAGACUA